CUCUUACUUGUGAUAGACGUGGAGAGGAAAUGCUGUAACUUCUAAGAUACAAACAAACCGAAGGGAUUUUAGCAAACGAUGUCGCACAGCACAUACAAUACACUCUGGUCUGAAGCUCACGAGGAGCUCAGCUGUUUGCUGGAUGAAGAACUCCCAGAAGAACCUCUCCGUCCUGAGAGAGACAGAGUGGUGUUCUUCCAAAGGCUCGCCACCUUCUAUGUCCGCUAUGUGCAGAUCUUCAGGCAGCUGGAAGAGGCCUAUGACCAAAGCGUUCAUCCCCAAAAGAGGCGUGUGAUUAGGCAGGUGCUGGACAGUGUGAUGGGCCGUGUUUUGGAGCUCAAGAAUGAAAUGGUGGAAAAGGAAUUUUCUGAGUACCACUACAUGGAUGACAUCAUCCAAGACCUGAAACUUACCCCUGAGGACCUUGAGAUUCCAGUUCCCAGGUAUUUCAUUUGGGAGCGGAACAAAGUGCUGCAGGACAGAGAAAGAAUGUUUGCUGCUAUAUUGAACCAAAUGGAUGUGACAGAAAAGCCUCCUGUAAUGCGCAUGUUGACUCUGGAGAGGGCCAUUAAAAUCAUCCAAGUGGCUGAAAGAGCACGGCAAGGCCGACUGAGGGCAAAGUUCAUGAGAGAGAUCCAUAGAGACUCUGAGAGACAGAGGAGAGCUGAGGAACAAGAGGCAGUUAGCACUGACCAGGCCGCAGUUUGUAUCCAGAAGGUGUGGAGAGGUUUCAUGCAAAGAAAAAUUACAAAAAGGCUGCGUGAAGAGGAAAUGAUAUUUCUUGGAAUGGCCAUGGAUCCAAAACUGUCCUAUCCAUCCCAAACCGAGCUGGAUGCUCUAAGUAAUGAGGCCAACAGGCGGACCAGACAAGACGAACAUGAAGAUGACUAUCAGAAAUCUAUUGGAUCUGUAAUUUAUCAGCUCAAGGAAGUGGAGGGCCCAGAAAUGAAGGAGACCAUGAAAGAUCAGAUCCGACAGUGGUUCAUAGAGUGCCGUGAUGCAACAGGCUCAUUUCCUGACUACCCAGAGGAGGAGGAUGGAGGCUCAGCUCUUAUAUUCGCAGAAAAAACACCUGAGGAGCUGGCAGAAGAACUGGCAGCAAAGGAGGAGGAAGAUGCCAACAAAAAGCCAAAGGGCAAGGAGGAGACAAAAGAAAAAGGAAAGAAAGAAAAAGUCAAUGACGAGGAGGAAGAGCCUGGACUGAAGAUGCUACCAUCUGCCUAUCUGGAAGAUCUUGAGAGGGGACACAAGACAUUUUCUGAGGUUUGGAAAAACAGAAACGAGAUCAAGAAUUUCAGUCAAAGACAUGAGCUGGAGCUGAUCAAGGAGGAAAAAAGAAAAGAGAUUGAGGUGGAAAUAAGAAAACAGGUGGAUGAACUGAUGAGACAAGAACUUGCUAAUUGGAAGCUGGCUGUGGAUAAAGAAAAAAGCGGAAAGGUCAAGGGUGCUGCAAAAAAAAAGAAGGCAUCAAAAAGUGGAAAGAAAAAGAAGAAGGACAAAGACCUUACAGCGGAUAGGACUAUUGAGUCACUGUUUGAAGAGCUGGUUGAACAGGAAUUGCUGAAAAAGGCAGAUAAUGUUAAACUAAAAGAUUAUCUAGGGGACUAUAGCUAUCUCGGCACAACUCUACGACAGUCUGACAUUGAGCCUAUGCCUUCCUUAUCUGAUGUUCGACAAAUUGUAGCACUUUAUGCUGUCUUACCAUUAGGAUCCCAAGCAGUGCAUGAAAAGGCUCCCCUGGUGAAGACCAUGUUGCUAGUAGGUCCGAAUGGUGUGGGUAAGAAAAUGUUGGUCCAUGCCAUCUGCCAGGAGACUGGAGCCAAUCUGUUUGACCUUUCACCUUUAAACGUGGCUGGAAAAUACCCUGGCAAGAGUGGAUUGCAGAUGAUGCUGCAUGUGGUGUUUAAGGUUGCCAGACUGAUGCAGCCUUCUGUAAUAUGGAUUGGAGAAGCUGAAAAGAUGUUUUACAAAAAAGUACCAAAAGAGGAGAAGGAGUUGGAUCCGAAACGUCUGAAGAAAGAUUUACCCAAGAUCCUUAAGUCCAUCAAAGGAGAAGAUUGUGUGUUAAUAGUAGGAACGACAAGUGAUCCACACAGUGCAGACCUGAAAUCCUUGUGUAAAUUCUACAAUAAGAUCAUGCUCAUACCUCGGCCAGACUAUGCUUCAAGAUACGUAAUGUGGAAAGAGCUGAUAAAAAAGAAUGGAGGAGAAGUAACCAGUGACCUUGACCUCAGCUCCCUGGCAAAGAUCUCUGAUGGCUACACACAAGGUCACAUGGUACAGGUGGUGCGUAACAUCUUGACCGAACGGCGCAUUCAGCAAUUUCCUAAACGUCCACUGACUGCCUCAGAGUUUGUGUCUCCACUUGCAAGAAUCGACCCUGUGUUUCAGGAGGAAGAAGAGGCAUUAAAAAAUUGGUAUGCCAAGACUCCCCUUGGAAAGAAGAGAAUUAAAGCUGCCUCAGGGAAAGAAGGUGAUGAAGAGUCCUCAAAAACAGGGAGCAAAGGUGGCAAGAAGAAAGGAAAAAAGUAACAAUAUAAGUGUUAACAUGAG